GCGCCGCCAGUUUCGAAUCAGACGCCGGUGGCGACAAGCGCGAGCAACGAAGCAGCGCAUGCCUAACCGUAACGUCAAGCCACAAAACUGGCAUCUGAAACCUUCGAAUUUGCAACAAUCGAUCAAUAAUAGAGCUGAGAACACAGACUCGAGCCCUCGUCGAUAUACUGCGUCAAUUGCAACCCUCGAUUGGUUUGCGCCCGGCAAACGAUCCUCGCAGUGUUCCUCCGAGAUUGGCGACAAACCUUCCGAGUGACCGUCGAAAUUUAAAGCGAUUUCUGCGAUCGAGACCGAGUCGGAAAAGAAUUGUAAAGUACCGAUCGUUUAGUGCAAGGAGCGGCGAAGGCUUCGACAAUCGCAAGUGCAUUUCGGAACGGAAUUUCGUUCGAAGCUCUGGUCCCCUGAACUUGACUGCUGGACUCAAGGACAAUUCGACGACGGCGUCCAGGGCGAACCGAAAACUAUUUACGUCCACGCUUGCAAACUACCAACAGACCGGGCAGUUGUUGAUUUGAAUAUCCGAAGGCGCUAAAGCGCCAAGGAACAACGAGCAACAGAUUCCAUCUUGGCGUCACGCAUUUACCAUCCGAGGCAUUGAUAUGAAGGAUACGACGACUAACGGACAAGGCGACUUGUUAUUGGUCGUUGGGUGGAGGAGGGGGAACGGGACUGCACGCAAGGUUCGUGACUUGAGUAACACCAAAGACUCCAUCUAUAAAAGCGGAGCCUCGUGUGGCAGAGCUGUCAGUCGUCGCUCGGCUCCUGCAACCAGCUCUGCCCAACAGCAGAAGACCCACUCUAAGAUGGAGGUCAAUGGUAAGGAGUCCAACGGCAAGCACUUACUGUCAAGCGAGAAGGACGCCGAGGUUGCCAAGGACGCCAACCAUGGGGAAGAAAUUGACGCGGUCCAGAGCGCCAUGGGCAGCUUCGGAAGGUGGCAGCUUCUCGUAUGCCUCGCAAUUUCUCUCGUCAAAUUUCCAGUCGCCUGGCAUCAGUUGGGCAUUGUUUUUAUGGCCCCACAACCAAAAUUCAAAUGCAUUGCUCCGAACGGUACAGUCGACAAAUACAACUGCUACGUCAACGUCUCCGACAUCCAGGAGCCUUGCACUGAAUGGGAAUACGACAGAAGCAUUUUUCCGGAGACUAUAAUAACGCAGUGGGAUUUGGUCUGCGGUCAAUCGUUUUACGCAGACACCUUGCAGUCUCUUCUCAUGUUCGGCGUUCUCCUGGGUAACAUCGUCUUCGGUAGCUUGUCAGACAGGUAUGGCCGGAAAAAACCUCUUGUCGGUUCCGUGGUGCUUCAGCUGGUUGCUGGCAUCGGAUGCGCAGUGGUUCCCUGGUUCCCUGCCCUCCUCUUUUUGAAGCCGCUCAGCGCUUUCGCUACCGGAGGAACAAUGGUCACCAGUUACGUAAUUUGCAUGGAGAUCGUAGGCACAAAAUGGCGGUCCCCGAUCACGGUCCUCUAUCAAAUCCCUUACAGCUUGGGCCACAUGACGUUGGCGGGUCUGGCUUACUGGUUCCGACACUGGGAACACCUUCAAAUAGCCAUGACCGCACCGUCGAUAAUUCUAUUGGGUUAUUGGUGGGUUGUGCCUGAAUCACCCAGGUGGCUUCUUGCCAUGGGCAGGCAGAAGGAAGCGUGCAGGAUUCUAAAAAAAGCUGCCAAACUCAACAAAGUCAAGGACACUGACAUCCCAGACAUGGUCAGAAAACACUGCCUUCAUCAGAACUCGAAAAAUACCGCACCCAACUACAAACCGUCCUUUGUGGACCUCUUGAAGACACCUAACAUGAGGAAGAAGUCAAUCGCGAUAUUCUUCAACUGGAUGAUCUGUGGUAUGGGACUCUUUGGAAUAACUCAGUACCUGGGGCAGGUUGGCGGUGACAUAUUCGUGAACUUUGCUGUGUCCGGAGCCACGCAGAUACCAGGAAACAUCGUUUCCUUGUGGGCGAUGAGCGCCCUGGGCCGAAAGACGACCCUCAUUUCCAGCAAUACUAUGACUGGAAUCGCUAGUCUGAUGCUCAUAGGCGUACCUAAGGAGAUCGCUUGGCUCAGGCUACUUUUAGCCUGCUGCGGUAUCGUUGGGAUGUCAGUUUCGUUCACAACGGUUUACCUAUUUUCCGGUGAGCUUUUCCCUACGGUCGUUAGGAACAUCGGUGUGGGAACGUGCAGCAUGAGCGCGAGAAUAGGAUCGAUGGUUGCUCCGUUCGUCGUCUCUCUGGGUCUGAAAGAAACCAGAGCAUGGAUGCCUCCGACCGUUUUUGGAAUACUGCCACUCCUCGGCGCAUUGUUCUGCUAUUACUUGCCUGAAACUGCUGGAUGUACUUUGCCUGAAACCCUCGAGGAUGGCGAGAACUUUGGGAAAAAAAUUGAAGCUCCGGAAAGGCUAAAGGCGGCGGAAAUCGAAGCUGCUUUGUGAUGGAAGACUGUUAAUUAAUGAUUAAUGAUAAAUGAAUAAACAAAUUUAGGAUGAAGAAGAAGAAAACAAGGAGAAAAGGAAUAAACGAAAAAUCAAAAAAUACGUCUAAGAAAGCGUAACUAGACAUAAUUAGAUAAAAAAUAAGUAAACCAAAAUAGCGUUGUUAUAGGUAUAGAAUGCAAGGAUCAUUCCACCUCACUAUUUAUUGAAACCGCAUGCCUUUGACGAUAUUAAACAAUUUCAUCACUGUCUUAACCUGCGUAUCGUAUGGCAUGAGGUGAGAUCUUAGUUUCUACAAUUGAUGUAUAUUCAAGAUAGCUGCAUAAUCAGUGUAUCUUUCGCGCCCAAAGCUCGAGGAAUCAGAUUCUCUCGAAAAUUUCCGGUGUAGCCCAAGUGUGUGGAAUAAAUGAAUCGCGUUUUCUCCCCGUAAUUUUUUUUACCCGUGAGCUUAUUCUGCCAGACGCUAAUCAUGGACGUUUAUCAAUCGUCGAAUCGCGAGUGCUAGUUUUAAAAAUUUAUGAACUUUUUAGCGAAAUCUUCUCUGUCCAUUCGCAAUCUUCGUAUCGAUCAAUUUACAACCUUCUUAUAACGUGUGAUAUGAUACGAACUAUAAAUUAGUUUAAACAUAUAUGCACGAAUGUAAAAUAGAACAUAUAUUUUUAAUAUUUCAAUGUAUAGUCAUCACGAUGAAUACAUAUGAUUGCUAUUUUCCUACUUAUGCAUAUGUAAUGUUAAUGUUUGUGUAAAUACAUAUGUCGUUUUACAGUA